AUGUCGAUUGAUGGCGAUGGGGUGAGUCAUUCAGUCACCACUGCACCUGAUGGGUUCCAUGAUUUCUUCGAUGGAUCCGGAGUAUCAUUAACGGGUGGCUUUGGAGAUGGCACAUGGCCAACUGGAUUUAGUCCAGGGAGCUUCAUCUAUCCAUCCCCUGGGCUGCCAGGGACUGGUCGUUCGGAGGAUGGAGGUUCAUCGCAGGCCACAUGUCUGCCGUUUUCUAUGCAGGAGACUGACUCGUCAAUUUGCCUUGAUACUCAAGAUGUAAUGACACCACAAUUACUCGGCAGUAGUGGCGAUAUGGACCCUUUGCUGAUGAGCCGUUAUCAAUAUGACACAUCUGGGGCUUUUCAUUUCAAAAAUCUCAAUAUCCAAUCUGUAUCCUCGGGAACCGACCCAGCGCAGUUUUUACUGUCGAAACCAUCAAUAUUUGCUGCCAGCAGGGAAGAAAAUGGAUGCGAUAACGUGUCUACGUUUGAAUUGAGACAGGAACUCGAAUCUUUGGUCCCAGGAGAUAUCGGUCUCAGACUAAUCAACCUGUUUGAGCGGAUUGUCGCACCGGAUUACCCAAUACUUGGUCCACCAGGCCAAUUGAAUCCCAGCACCAGCCCGCCAUACCUUCUUGCGAGCGUGUACUUAAUAGUCGAACCAUUCACUAAAUUCGACGAAAGACUAUGCAUUGAUCUCGCAUAUGAUAAGCCAUCAGGUGUGGCGCUAUACGCGAUUAUCAACAAAGCACUUCCAUAUGAGAUACAUGCACCGAAACUUUGUGUUGUACAGACAAUGCUUCUUUUGGCCAUUCGACCAUAUCCAAAUCCAAUUGUAUUGGAUAGUGGCUUCAAAUGGUCCCAACUCGCAAAUCUUAUUGGUUGCGCUCACACCCUUGGACUACACUUGGAUCCAAAGUCAUGGCGAUUACCUCCAUGGCAAAUCGCCCAGAGACGUUGUCUGUCGUAUUUCAUUUAUUCGACAGACAAGUGGCUUGCAUUGAGCCUUGGUCGGCCACCUCUAUUGCAUUAUGAUAAUUGGCUCGUGAUAAGCCCUAGCCUAGACGAUCGUCCGGUCGGUGGACUUGACCCUGUAGCCUGGACGAACAUCAUGAAGCGAGCGAAACUCGACUCUCUGCUUGAUCGUGUUCUAACGCAAUUAUACUCUCCUCGUGCCAUUAAUACCAUUGGUACCGACUGCGAGAAGACUAUCGCAUUGACUGGGCCACUACUUGAAGAACUCUUCUCAUGGCACAGACCAGUAUCUGCAUCAUCGACCGACUUCAGAUCAUCAAAUCAAGGCAGACCAAUCGGACUAGAAAGAACACUCGAGAUGAACUACCAUUAUAUUCAUCUUAGUAUCUGCAGGGCUAUUCUUCGACCAUUCCUGCAGCCAACUGUCGAAAACUCGAAUGAAGCCGACUACAUAAUGGCGCGUGAACAAGCCCGGAUCCGAGCAGAAACCUGCAUUUCGGCAGCAGCAGAGUUUAUCCACGAGCUACGCCCAGAAGACCUUGAGGCUCUAUGGCCGGCCUGGAGUGCAACUGCAUUUUCGUCUAUCUGUUUCCAAAUCCUGCACAUGGCUGCCAGCUCCGUUGAUAGGAGCGAGGCAGAUAAAUGGGUUACUUGUCUGCACAAAGUGCGCCGUGAUAUGCGCCUGAAGGCUGAUGUUCUGCCUUGUCUCCAUCUUGGCCUUCUGCGGAUUGACUCUAUAUUUUGGAAGGGGAUUUAUAAUGUGUUGCAUUUGGAAGAACAUGUUCGACAAGCAUUUGCGUCGGGUUCAAGCAUUGGUCGACCUCUUGGUAUAGCUGGUCUAGCUAAGUGA